AUGCCGCCAUACACAAGAAUUUGUUGUGCACCGUAUAUUCACUGCACGUUUCCGCUUUCUCACCCGGCUCAGUUGAUCAACCUCGCCAUCAAAUACCAUGUCCGGACCAUCUUUCCUUUUGCUUUCCAACAACUGGCAGAAACACCGAUCUCUGAAAUCACACACGCACACCGGGAGCUAAUGGGACAUGAGGUAUUUUUGAACAUUGUUUAUGUUCAAGCGGCACUCGAUCAUCAUCGUCGGAUGGUAGCUGCAGAGGAGCCGAAAAUCUUGAUGCAUUCAAGCGACUGUCAAGACCCAACAGGUUGCAACGAGGAUUGGCAUGCUAUUUGGUGGAAUGGAAUGGGCCGGUUCCUCCUCGAUGCCAGGAAUCCACAGCCAUAUAGUGACGCUGUCAAGCGCUUCAAGGAACUGAAGUUUGGACGGGUUAGUGAGGGUUGCAAGGAGCUGAUGUUCAAGCUCCUGGAUCAGGGAGCCGCCUUUCAUCAUGCUGAACAUUUUAUUUCUGAAGCUUGUCACCUUCUGGUUGAAAAGUUGGUUUUUGAGCCAUAG